UUGAAUCUCUCAAUACACACCCAUAUCUUACACAUCCAUUGCCCAAUUUCUAUCUCUCUGCCCCUUCUUUCCCCCUUCCUUAUCUCCUUCACAUUGUCUUCUUCUUCCUCCUCCUUCCCUUUAAUCACCGACUCAAAUUUCAACACAGAAACAAGAAACUGAGAUUCUUUUGCAAUUGCCAUGGCUUUUGCAGGAACCACCCAGAAAUGCAUGGCUUGCGACAAGACUGUCUAUUUAGUCGACAAGCUCACUGCUGACAAUCGUGUCUACCACAAAGCUUGCUUCCGCUGUCACCACUGCAAUGGAACUCUCAAGUUAAGCAAUUACAAUUCGUUUGAAGGGGUGCUUUAUUGUCGGCCACACUUUGAUCAGCUCUUUAAAAGAACUGGAAGCUUAGACAAAAGCUUUGAAGGGACGCCAAAGAUUGGGAAACCGGAGAAACCGGCUGAUUCUGAGAAACCAGCAGCGACUAAGCUUGCAAGUAUGUUCGUGGGUACUAAAGACAAGUGCCUUGGCUGUAAGAACACAGUUUAUCCAACUGAAAAGGUUUCAGUGAAUGGAACCUCGUACCAUAAGAGCUGCUUCAAGUGCUGCCAUGGCGGAUGUACAAUCAGCCCAUCAAAUUACAUUGCACAUGAAGGACGACUUUACUGCAAACAUCACCAUACCCAACUCAUCAAAGAAAAAGGAAACUUGAGCCAGCUGGAAGGAAGCCAUUAAAGGACCUUACAUUCGUAGGCCUUUUUUCUUUAUGUUCUCAGCUUUCUUCCUUAUUUUAGUCCUGUUUUUACGUUGUUCCCUUUUCAACUUUAGUACCACUCUCUUUGAAAUUUGAACGUUAUUGUAAAACAAAAGAAGUUACUGCGUGGGUCUUUUUUGGGUUU